UUCCUCACAGAAGAAAACAAGCCUCUUAAGUAAACUUUCUCAACAAGUUUCAUAAUACCCACAUUGCCAAUUCCUACAAUCUUCUUAGCAAUGGAAAUGGUGAAUAGGUUGGUUAAGGAGAAGCCUGUAGUGAUAUUCAGCAAGAGUUCCUGCUGCAUGAGUCAUACCAUCAAGUCGCUGAUAUGUGGAUUUGGAGCAAAUCCAACAGUUUAUGAGCUCGACAGAAUCCCAAACGGACAGCAAAUUGAAAGGACGCUGAUGCAGUUGGGGUGCCAACCAAGUGUACCAUCUGUGUUUAUAGGGCAAAAGUUGGUUGGUGGUGAAAAGCAGGUGAUGAGUCUGCAUGUCCAGAACCAGCUCAUCCCAUUGCUUAUUGAUGCAGGGGCUAUUUGGAUUUAGGGUUAAGUAUUUUCUUUCCGGAAAUAGCAUACCUCUGCUGGAGCUAAACAAAGCUUUAAUAAGUUUUCUUUUUCUUGUUUUCUUUUUUGGCACGUCCUUUUCCCUGUUAGUGGUAUAAAAUGAUAAUAGGUAUGGCUGUUGACAUCCAGCCCAGCUUAAAGUUUAUUCACUUGUGUUUUUUUUUAGGCUUGGCAGGAGCAUACUCUUUUCUGUUUACUGAAAUCAAGAGCUUGUACUUUAACUUCCAGUUGUACUAUCCAACUAAUAAAGAUAUAUUAUUGAUA